GCGCAUAUUACUGGCUAUGGAUGCUUGUUUUCAAGCAUUUGAUAAAGAUGGUGAUGGAUAUUUAAACGUGGAAGAAUUUCGGUAUUUAACUCGGGCACUAUUUAGAAACGAUAGGGGUAAAAUUUAUCACUUAGAAGAACGAAAAUUGGUUGAAACUUUUAACGUUUUCGAUACAAAUGGCGAUGGAAAAAUUGAUAAAGACGAAUUCACUUUUUGUUGGAAUCAUUGGAUAAAGAUUAUCGUGCGUCCGAUAUCUGCAUUUCUUAUAGUUGAUGUUCAGAACGAUUUUAUAUCUGGUACAUUGAACAUCAGCAACUGUUCAGCUCAACAAAAUGGUCUGGAUGUGAUAGAGCCAAUUAACAAAUUGCUGGACACUGUAAAGUUCGAUGCUGUAUUUUACUCCCUAGACUGGCACCCUAGUGAUCACGUAUCCUUUAUAGAAAAUAUUGCAGAGCGGGAAAUUGACCCCAGCAGUCCAGUGACAGCAGAAAAUGCCCAAACUUAUGACACGGUCGUUUUUUGUGGUUCACCGCCACAAAAACAACGAUUGUGGCCAAGGCAUUGCGUCCAAGACACUUGGGGAUCUGAGCUACAUAAAGAUUUAAAAGUUCUUCAAAAUGCAAUUAAAGUGUAUAAAGGUACAAAUCCGGAUGUGGAUUCGUACUCGGUGUUUUGGGACAAUAAAAAAAUGACAGAUACAACCUUGUGUGCUCAGCUGAGAUUACGGAAUGCUACAGACAUCUACAUAUGCGGAUUAGCAUAUGAUGUAUGCGUCGGUGCUACAGCGGUGGACGCUUUGGCAAUUGGGUACAGGACAAUAUUGUUAGACGAUUGUAGUCGUGGUGUGGACUUGACGGAUAUAGAAAAAACCAAAAACACUGUCAUAACCAACAGCGGUGUUAUAGUGAAUUCGUCACAAGUAAAAGCUAUGGUGGAAGGCCGGGAUAGGCGGCCAGAACUGGGUUAUAAAUUGGCUAUGGAACUGAAAGCAAGUAUAUGUGAAAAAAACGAGGAAAACUAA